AUGGGGGUGUUUGAAGAAGCGAAGAUCCGUGUGCAAGAUUUACAGAAGAGGGUCCAACGGAUAGAUGAAGCAGGUCAGGCAUUAUCGAAGAAUAAAAAUGAUAAAACUGCUAAAUCAAAAUUUAAGGUAAUGUAUGCAACCUUGGAACGUAUGUACGAAGAUUUUGAAACACAGUUGGGAAUUUUAAUUAAGCACAAUGGUAAACCUGGGACGGAGGAUGUUGUCCCUAAUUUGGAUGGGCUGAGGGCUGAGUUCGAGGAGCAGUACUUCAGUUGCAAAAUCCUAGCUGACGAGUUUCUACCAGAAUCAAGCAUGGCAAAUUCCGAGGAAUCGCGCUUAUCAAAUAGUUCUCGUGCUAGUAAUGCGAGCGUCGUUCCACUUGAGAAGUUAACGAUUGCUAAGUUUAGUGGUGAUCCAAAGGCGUAUACUGGAUUUAGGAACCUGUUUGAUACGAUUGUGCAUGAAAAUACAAAUAUACGUCCUGUCGUCAAAUUCGGGUAUUUAAAGUCAUAUCUGGAAGGGGAGCCUUUGAAAUUAAUUGCGAAUUUAAUGCUCACCGAUAGCAACUACGAACUCGCGCUGUCGCAAUUAGAAGCUAGGUAUGCAAAUCGACGAUAUAUAGCAGAGAGUCAUUUGGACGAACUGUUUGAUGCACCGAACGCUACAGUCGGGAAUGGAAACUCUAUCGUUCAACUUCUGAACACUAUUACUAGUGCCAUUGGGGCAUUAGAAAAUCUUAAGUAUCCAGUGGAUCAGUGGAGUCCGAAUUUACUUCACCAACUACAAAAGAAACUCGACCAUCAAUUACGAGCCCAGUGGGAACUAGCAGUUGACACAACCACCGAUCCCACCUUAGCUGAGUUUGUAACCUUUCUUACCAAGUUUAGUAAGUCAGCUAUAGUUAGUCAAGGUAAGGCUGACGGAGGACAACCUAAACACAAAUGGAUCAAACCUAACCGGACUAUGGCCCUCUAUAGCGGAGCACCGUCCAAGGAAGUGAGUUCACCAUCCAACCGACCACAGAAAAAGACGUUUAAGUGUCAAGUAUGUGAGGCAGAACCUGGACACUUACUAAUACACUGUACCCGUUUCAAAAAAAUGACACCAAAACAAAGACAUCAGACAAUCAAGGACCUUAAGAGGUGUUUUAUGUGUUUUAGUGAACAUUUAGCGCCACAAUGUAAAUCCGACAGAGUAUGCGUAGAGUGUAGCGGACGGCAUCAUACGUGGCUGCAUCUGAGCACCCGGAAUGACUCAGCUAGCGAAGAUGGGCAUACGAUAGAACCAGAAGUUAGAGUCCACGUAUCUUCUGACAUUCGAAAUUACCGUACCAGUGUGCUUCUAUCAACUGCUUCGGUUUCCGUACAAGAUUCUGAUGGACAGUUUAGAUCGGUACGUGCACUGUUAGACAGUGCAAGUCAGAGCAGUUUUAUAACCGAACAUUGCUUCAAGAGCCUAGGUUUGUCUCGACGCAAAAGUAAUGUAACUAUCCAAGCUCUUGCAGGUACGCCCGUGCCAACAGUAAGAGGAUUUACACAAGUAUUAGUCAGACCAAAUGAACAAACGUCGCCAACCCUUACAGAGGAGGUGCUCAUUUUACCACGCAUAACCGGGCUAACACCAUCAGCUCGAAUAUGGAAGAACGACUGGCCUCACUGGAUAUAA